UUCUUGGAUAUGCUACACUAGCACACGCCAGUCUCUCAAAUUAAAUUACAGUUCUCAGUUUGGGUUGUCAGGUGUGCACGGAGUAGCAAAAUGGACUUGAAAGUGAUAAGUGUCGUGAUCGUAGCCUGUACGUGCCUAGUCAACGCCGGCCCUGUAGUGGAUGAUGGCACCAAGGGACAACAUAUCAAUUCGGUACACAACGAAAAACCUACAAUAGAGGAAUCUCUAUUUAAGAAACUGAACCUGAAAUGCUCUAAUCACGACGUCAGCUCGUGCAUGAUGCUCAAGUUGGUCACCUACUUCAACAAACUGAUGAAGAAGUCCAACAUCGAGCUAGGCGACGUGGAAAUCACCCAGACCUCAUCUGAGACUGUAAGCGUAGAAACUUCGAGGAGUUUCAACGACAUUGAGAAAAUGACUGAGGAGGAACAGCUCGCUGAGGUGCUCACCAACAAGGCGUAUAACUUCAUCAGGACAAGAUCGUUGAAGUGGAGGGUAACUGAUGGUGCAGAUUUGGUUUUGUCUGGCAACCCAGAUAAAGAUGGCGGGAUCAGCCUUGGUCUAUCUCUGAGGCCAGUAAAGGACGUCGAAGAAAGCCGUAAGAAGAAGGGAGGCCAAGGAGGUAUGCAAGCUAUCAUGGCUGCAGCUAUCAUGAAGAUUGGUCUGCUCAAAGCACUCGCUUUCAAAGCUCUCGUAAUGCUCGUAGGAAAGGCACUCUUGGUCAGCAAGUUGGCGUUGGUAUUAGCAGCCAUCAUCGGGCUGAAAAAGUUGUUCCACCAGGAGAAGCACGUGACAUACGAAGUAGUUGCUCACCCACACCAUGAACAUCACGAGGCUCACCACGUUGAACACGCUGGCCACUCUGGAGGCGGUUUCGAUGGAGGUCACGGAGGAUGGGGCAGGAACUUCGACAGCCAGGCAGCUCAAGACCUGGCCUACAGUGCUCACAUUCCUUCCAACUAAAGUGUGAUUUUUCGCAGAAGCCAUAUUGGUCUCGACGAUUUUAUUUAAUAAUUUAUUGUAUUUAUUUUCUGAGUGUUUGUUUUGUUAAAUAAAAAGAAAUUUUCUUGUUACCAA